UCAUAACUGAACUCGGGAAGGCCGACUCCAGAAGAGGAAGGGGCCUGACAAGGGGGUGGUAUCGAGAGAAGGGAAGGAGAGAGCGAUUACAGGGCCCUGUCCAGCUCACCACCACAAGAGGAAUGGGAUCACUAAAUGUUUCUUUCUGUUUUUUACAUACACACACUCUCUCCUCUUUCUCAGCACCCCCCUUGCCCUUCCCCCAAGAACUGGCACUAGGGAGGGACUAAGAAGAAUGGGAGGAGCCCAUUAUUGGCUUUGGUCCCAACCUCGCUGAGUUCCUCUAGUUUGCGUUAGUUGAUUGCAGCCUGCUUGGGGUGCUGUGCCAGGAUUCGAGGGGUUUCCAGAGAAGCUGGGUCUAGGGGUGGGUUAACGAUAUGACUGCUCUAAGUCUGUGCGCCUGCCGUAGUGGUGGGGGCCGGGGACUUCUCCGCAGCCUGUGCAGAAGCCUCUGGACGUUCCCAGGGGGCGUGGGGUCGCGGAGCAGGGGGCCGAGGCUGCUCCAGCAGUUGCACUGUCAGUUCCAGGGCCGUGGCAACCCGGGUCGCAGAUCUGACCGCGAAGGGGCAGCCAGUGUCGCCCCAACGGUGUCAAGGAGCCUCAGCUCCUACGCGGAGCUGUGCAAGCAGGCGGUCAGAGAGCCUCACGUAUUUUGGGGACGUUUUGCCCGGGACACGCUGGUGUGGGACACCCCUUACCAUACCGUCGAGGACUGCGAUUUCAGCCAGGGCAAGAUCAGCUGGUUCCUGGGUGGCCAGUUAAACGUGUCGGUAAACUGCUUGGAUCAACAUGUGCAGAAAUCCCCGGAUAGAGUUGCUUUGAUCUGGGAGAGGGAUGAACCUGGCACAGAAGUGAAAAUCACAUAUAGAGAGCUUCUGGAGACCACAUGCCGCCUGGCCAACACAUUAAAGAAACAUGGAGUGCGUCGAGGGGACAGGGUUGCCAUCUACAUGCCUGUAUCUCCAUUGGCUGUGGCCGCCAUGCUGGCCUGUGCUCGAAUUGGGGCAAUUCACACAGUGGUCUUUGCUGGCUUUAGUGCUGAGUCCUUAGCUGGAAGAAUUAAUGAUGCAAAAUGUAAAGUGCUCAUCACCUACAAUCAAGGAGUCCGUGGAGGACGGAUUGUUGAGCUGAAGAAGAUAGUGGAUGAAGCUGUGAAGAACUGUCCAACUAUCAAACAUGUCUUAGUAGCUCACAGAACAGAUAACAAAACCCACAUGGGGAACUUGGAUGUCCCUCUUGAAGAAGAGAUGGCUAAGGAGAAUCCUGUGUGUGCUCCUGAAAUCAUGGACAGUGAAGACAUGCUCUUUUUGCUUUAUACUUCAGGGAGCACAGGCAGGCCAAAAGGGCUUGUCCACACCCAGGCUGGCUAUUUGCUCUAUGCUGCUGUGACACACAAGCACGUGUUUGAUUGCCAGCAAGGGGAUAUAUUUGGCUGUGUGGCAGACAUCGGAUGGAUUACAGGUCACAGCUACAUCGUGUAUGGUCCGCUCUGCAAUGGAGUUACCAGUGUCCUGUUUGAGAGCACCCCGGUUUAUCCUGAUGCAGGUCGAUACUGGGAGACAGUACAAAGAUUGAAAAUUAACCAAUUCUAUGGUGCUCCUACCGCUAUACGGGUACUAGCGAAUCGUGGAGAUGCUUGGGUUAAGAAGUAUGACAGAUCUUCCUUAAGAACCUUGGGAUCAGUGGGAGAACCGAUUAACCAGGAGGCCUGGGAAUGGCUCCACAAUGUGGUAGGAGAUAGCAGGUGCACAGUAGUAGACACUUGGUGGCAAACAGAAACUGGAGGCAUUUGUAUUGCUCCUCGGCCUUCUGAGGAAGGGGCUGAGAUCAUCCCUAGUAUGGCUAUGAGACCCUUUUUUGGAAUCACUCCAGUUUUAGUGGAUGAAAAGGGGAAAGUUGUAGAAGGUGGUGAUGUUUCUGGUGCUUUGUGUAUUACUCGGGCUUGGCCUGGCAUAGCAAGGACAAUCUAUGGAGAUCAUCAAAGAUUUGUUGAUGCAUACUUUAAAGCUUUUCCAGGCUAUUAUUUCAGUGGAGAUGGUGCUUAUAGGACUGAGGAUGGCUAUUACCAGAUAACUGGACGGAUGGAUGAUGUUAUAAACAUCAGUGGUCAUCGGCUAGGAACUGCAGAGAUUGAAGAUGCAAUGGCUAACCAUCCUGAUGUGCCUGAAACAGCAGUGAUUGGCUAUCCUCAUUCCAUUAAAGGAGAAGCUGCAUGUGCUUUCAUAGUACUGAAAGAUGAUAUAGAUAAUUCAGAUGUCAUAUUGAAUGAGCUCAAAUCAAUUGUGGCCACCAAGAUAGCCAAAUAUGCGGUGCCUGAUCAAAUUCUGGUGGUAAAGCGUCUUCCAAAAACUCGGUCUGGAAAAAUUAUGAGACGGCUCUUAAGAAAAAUAAUCACUGACAAUACUCAGGAUCUGGGAGAUAUUACCACUUUGGAGGACCCUUCUGUGAUUUCUGAAAUUUUAAAAGCUUACCAGAAACACAAAGCCAAGCUAUCUUAAUAGAGAAGAGAUGUGCAUCAGUCUGGAACUUCCAAAAAUAUGUUUGGCCAAAACCAAAUACAACAGUUCCUUGUUGCCUUUCCUCAGGACAUAUUCCUGAAAUUGAUUUAUUUCCAAAUCAGGAAAAAGCUCUCAACAAUCACCACAAAUCCAGUGAUCAUACCAUAUCAUUUCCAAAUCAGGAAAAAGUUCUCUACAAACUAGUGAUCAUACCAUAAAGGCCUGUUGCAGUGGUUUCUUCCCUCCUCCCUCCUUUUCUUUCUCUGAAAGAGGAACUAGGAAUGUAAAUUAAGAGGCAAAACCAAAGUUGAGAUAUAUUCAAUCUUCAUGAAAAUAGAACCCAAUUUGAUUUUUGUGGGGAGUGGUUUGGUGGUGAAAGGAACUUAUUUAUCAUCAUUGAGGUACAAAGGGGGAAAUGUUAAAAUGUGCCUUCUCAGAAGAUUUUAAAAUAGAAGCAAUAAUGUUUUCCCCAUGUGUUCUUGGACAUAAGAGCUGUAGAGUCUUUAUUUUUAUACUUUCUUAUUUCAGAAGAACAUCAUAUGGAGAAAUUUAAUGUAUGAAUUUAUUUGUAUAUAUUCUUUGUAAUAUGAUUUUGGAGAAGAUAGCUGUAGUUAUAAUUUUUUUUUUCAUUUCAAUGCUUGUGGUGUGUGAAUGGCAUGGACACACUUUUAUUCAUAUUGUUUAAAGAAUUUUAGAAACAUGACAAAAAUUGAUUAAUCAAUACAAUCAUAUUAGUUUUGUAUUGAUGCCUUUCAAAUAUAAAGAAUCAUUUCAUUUUGCCUAUCAGGACUGCAUCUAUCAUAAAGAAACAAAAUUAAUUUCCUAAAAACUUGGUUAUGAAUUUGUUCAUCUUUAAAUCUUGACUAAUCGUUUUAUUUUAUUUUUUUUGAGCGUUGUUUUGGAUGGAUUUUUCUUUCCCCUAGAAUGCUUCUUGGCUGUGGGCCAUUAAUACUUUAAAUUUCAGCACUGCCAAAAUUAACCAAUGAAAAUGCAAAUAACCUAUUAGAAUUAGCACAAAGUUCUUGGAAAAACCUAAUGUAAUCUUGAAAAUAUUUCUGGCUCUACAUUGAAAGUAGGGGCAGUUCAAAACUCUGAUCAGAAACUAAAAAAAGCAAGAAAAAGUCUAUUUUAUGAAAGUGCCUUAAUGUUAAUCAAUAGCUAGUAUUCACAUUAGCUGACUAAACAUUAAUUGUUGACUUAAUAGUGAACCUUUGGAAUAUUAUUAACCAACAAAUAAAGCUGACAGCAGUAAUUGACUAUUGCUAAUUGACAUUAAACAUUUAUUAUGCAAAUAAACUUAAUUAAUUUUGUUGUUCA